AUGUGGGAUGAAUGGAAACACAUAUUUCUUACGGUGGCAGAUAGGCAUGCACCACCGAUUACUAAAAAAGUAAGAAGUGAAUAUGCUCCAUGGAUUACCAGUGAAAUUAAAAAUAUGAUGCACCGUAGGGACUUCUUGAAAAGAAAGGCAGUAAAAACUGGAUCUAAACAAUUUCAUGACGCUUUUACCAAAGCACGAAAUGAGCUUAACAAAUUGAUUAAAAGAACAAAGACAGACUAUUUUACAAAUACUCUUAACAACUGUGAAAAUAAUCCAAAACAGAUGUGGAAAACAAUUAAUAAGCUUACCAAUAAAAAUUCGAAAACGACUAUUAUCACAGAAGUUAAGCACGAAAGCCAAAGUGCUACAGAUGUCUCUUCUAUAACAAAUAUCUUUAAUACAUAUUUCAAUGAAAUCGGAAUGAAUUUAGCGAGCAACAUGGAGCAAUCUACAAGGUCACCCGAGACAUAUCUUUCGAGCUGCAAUUCACAAUUUCAGAUACAGAAUGCUACUGUAAUAGAAGUUCAUAAAAUACUGUCUUCUAUUAACGUUUCUAAGUCAACAGGGCACGAUGGAAUAUCUAAUAAACUUCUAAAAGAUUCAGCUGAUAUAGUAUCUUACUCUCUUUCAUUAAUAUUCAACACAUCCAUAAAUACAGGUAUAUUCCCAAACGAUUUCAAAACAGCAAUAAUCUCACCAAUACACAAAGCAGGAUGCAAAACUGAAUGCAAUAACUAUAGGCCAAUCUCAAUCCUAUCUAGCGUUGCCAAAAUUUUUGAAAAACUUAUUACCCAACAACUGGAAACUUAUCUUGAAACGAAUGGGUUACUUGUACAACAACAAGCUGGUUUUAGAAAGAAACACUGUACGCAGACUUCUCUCCUUAGCAUUACAAAUCAAUGGUUUAUUGACAUGGAUAAGGGAAAUUUGAAUGGUGUUAUCUUUCUUGACUUAAAAAAAGCAUUCGAUUGUGUUGAUCAUAGUAUUCUAUUAAGAAAACUUUAUAAUUAUGGAAUAAGAGGAAAAUCAUUUCAAUGGUUCCAGUCCUAUCUCUCUGAUAGAGUACAAAUGUGUAAAGUUAACCAAACAUUAUCUAACAAAAAAAUCGUUAAAUGUGGUGUGCCACAGGGCUCAAAUCUUGGCCCAUUAUUGUUUUUAUUAUAUAUAAACGAUCUUCCAAAUUGCUUGUCUUCAUCGGCUGCUAGCAUGUUUGCCGAUGAUACAAAUAUUUCUACACAUGGCUCAUCAGCGGCAGAAAUUCAGGAACAACUAAACCAUGACUUAGACAACAUACACCAAUGGUUGCUGGCCAAUAAGCUUACUUUGAAUAAAGAAAAGACCGAAUAUAUGGUAAUUGGGUCUAGACAAAGAUUAUCUAAAGUAUUAAAUGAGCCGGAAAUCCACGUAGGCGAAACAACAAUUAAACGA